GCAGAACGGGUAAGUUUAGAAUCUAUGCAUAUUGUAACCAUCGUUUUAUAUCAAAUAGUAACCAUCGUAUGGAUAAAUGUGCAGAAUUUGGAAGGAGGAGAAGGAAGCAGGAACGUUGAAGCUCCAAGGGGGUGCUACUGGUGGAGGAGGGAGGUCUGAUCAAAGGAGGCAAGAGAGGGAUGGAGGAGCUACUGGUGGUGGAAGGAGGGAUGUUCGAAGGAGGCAAGAGAGGGAUGGAGGAGCUGCUGCUGGUGGAGGGAGGGAUGUUCGAAGGAGGCAUGGGAGGGAUGGAGGGGCUGCUGCAAAUGAGGAAGGUCAACCGUCAGCAGUGAAAAGAAGACCAUGAUUAUGUUCCAAAUGUAGGAAAGCUGACCACAAUGCCAGAACCUGCCCUCUAGUAGGUGGAAUUCAGGUAAGAGGACCAUAGCAAAUUAGCUUUCAUGUUAGAAUUGGAUUUAGAUAACACGUAAAUGAACUUUUCAGCAUGGU